AUGGCGUCAAUGGAGAUCAUGACGGUACCACCGACGCCUACAGGGGUAAAGAAACUGGUGUGUCGUGUGUGUCAAAAAGGAUUUACCAAGGCCGAACAUCUUAGAAGACAUGAGCGGUGCCACACCGGAUCUAAGCCUUAUGUCUGUAAGGAGUGUCACCGGCCGUUCGCCCGCCAAGAUGCCCUUACUCGGCAUGAGAAGUUGCAUCAGCGUGAUAUGAACGCAAAGGAUGGGCCACAUUCAGCCGGAGUUCCUCCAUCGGCAUCUUUAGAUUCAAUGGCUUCCUGGGAAUCCAGUAGCGCAUCCCCAACGGGCCCAGCUUCUACUUCUGCCACUAGUCGGUCUUGGGAUGAAUCCCAAUCUGUGCAUCAUCCGGGCAUGCACAAUGUCGCAUCCGAUAUGGAUUUCGCUUUGGUCUGGCCAGACUCGGAGAAUCUAUUUCAGAGUCUUAUGUCUGCAGACACCACCGAUCAAUGGCAGAUGCCGUUGGGGACAUUGCCAUUCCCGCCCGUCGUACAGGAUAUUAAUGGGAUGAACUUUGGAUCGCCCAAUUCAUUUGACGAUCGCAGUUCAUCGGUCGGCGCUAUUCCCUCUGGUGGUGGACACCAGGCGGUGCGCGAUGUAACGGAAAUGAUCAAUAGCUCGUCCUCAAGCGUUACCGCUGCCGUCAAAGCCUCGUCCAUCACAUCCGUCUUCCUAGACGAGUGUCUGCACAUGUUCUUUGUCCGUUUUAUUCCAACAUUCCCUAUACUACACCGAGCAACCUUUGUAUUUCGAGAAUGCACCCAUGCUCUACUGCUCAAUGCCAUCGCCAUAGGAUCCUUGUAUCUUGGCCCAAGUGAUGCGGUUGCAAAAGGAGAAGCUUUAUGGAGGCUUGCACAUACCGCUGUCGCCACCUCAUGGCAAUCUCUGAUCACACACAACGGCCCUUACGACACCUGUAAGGGCGUGCAGUUGAUGAUCACUGCACUACUCGGUCAAAUAUACGGAGCACUGUCCAGGAAUCGUGCAAUUCGAACCACAAGCCAAGUUUUCCGUCCGUUGGGCUUCUUCUGGGCUCGACAUUGUGGGAUGUAUGACAGUGAGCCCUACUCGAUGGAGAAUCUGCCUUCCAAUGAUGCUCCUGCUGCCGAAAAGGAGCACCAGUGGCGGAUAUGGGCUGCGCGGGAAAUACAGCAGCGGGCUCUGCUCGCAUACUACGUGCUUGAUGGUCUUGUAGCCCAGAUGUCUGGUGACGGAGCAUCGGCUCGACAUGUCUCGAAUUCUCUGAUUCUUCCUAGUAGUGAGCCUGCUUUCGAUGCGAGCAGCCCUGACGAGUGGUUGGCACACAUGCACUCACAAAAGCCCGAUCAAUCCUCUUUUCGGGUUGUCUUCCGAUCCUUAUUCCCACCGGUCGGUAACUUCAGGGCCCUUGAUUACCAAUUUUCCGCCUUCGCUCUUCGGGUUGUGUUGGAAGGUCUUCAGUCCUUGGUUUCCGACAGUGAUGAUCAUGAUCUAGCGGUGGGCGUUCCCGGCCAGUCCGAUGUACGCAGGGCCUUGGCUCAAGUUCACGAGACCAUCUCUAUGAGUCUGCACUUCUCUGCCGCCGAGAGACUGGAGAUUCUUUUGCGCUGGCAUACCGUCUGCCUAGAUACAAUGAUCAACUCAACAGUUUUAUCUCGUCAUGUCUGUUCACGUUAUGAUAUACCACAGCAUGUCUCUGGUGGUUGUCGAACAACCCGGGCCGGAUUCGACCUCAUAAAAUGGGCCAACACUGAGGACGCAAAGCGAGCAGUUCUGCAUGCCGUCGCUAUUCAAGACAUCAUCGAGCAGUUGCCUCGUGGUCGUGCCCAUGUGGUGCAUAUGCCAAGCUCCCUGUUUGCUGCUGCUACGAUUUAUGUUGUGUUUACUCUUGCUGGGGUAGCUACGGUGAAUCUUCCACGAAACAUCGUUUGGCAGGAUGCCUUGCUAUCUCACUCAGACCUUCACCUUGGUCAUGAUGAUAUACGACCCCCUUCUGGCUCAGAAACACGGCGUUUUGUCGCAACGGACCAAGGAAUACCUCCCGUCUUCACCGGUGGUGCUGUUCGGAAUCUUCUGUACGAGCUCAAUUCCAUUCAAAAGCUUUUUCGUUGUCUUUCGUCGCAAUGGGGAAUCGCUCAUGACAUGGAAGAUAUCGUCGCUCAAUGGAUUCAGCUUUGUCAUUAA